UCAAUAAUUCAAGCGCGCGCGCAGAGAGAGCGCAGACGGAGCUCCCAUGCACCGCCACCCUAACCCCACACACAACCCCCCACCCGCACGCUAUGAGUUGUGCUGCCUCGUCACUCGUCCAGGGCCCCUCCGCACCGCGCGCGACUCCCGCGUAUUGUGUUUCCAAGUGACAGAAAAGCUGCUGAGAAGUGAGGGGGGGAGGGGAGAAAAGAAGAAGAAGAGGACAAGAACAGGUGAAAACUAGAGACUCGACCGGAGUUACGAGGGCAAAACACUGAUUUUUUGGGGGGGAAAGAAGAAAAAAGAAAAAACCGGAGAGACGCAGAAAGGUCUGGUUCCGAGACUCCGCGAGGGAGCAGCAGUGCGCGGCGGGGACCCGGAGCGGCAUCUCGCAGUGACACCAGCUCCUUCAGGUGCAUCCGGGGGACACCUGGGGAAACUCUUCCCGCCUUACUUUGUGGUUGUUGUUGGGUUCGUCUUCACGGGGGAAUAGACUUCGCGGAUUGAGGCGCGAAGGCAACGAAGUUCGUCGUUCCGGUCCGGUGAUGUUGGCGCUCUGCCUGCUGAGUGCCGUGUGGCUCGCGGCGAGCCCGGCCCGCGCCCAGAACGAGACGGAACCGAUCGUCCUGGAGGGGAAGUGCCUCGUGGUGUGCGACUCCAACCCGGCCGCGGACCCCACCGGCACGGCGCUCGGCAUCUCGGUGCGCUCCGGUAACGCCAAGGUGGCGUUCUCUGCGGUGCGGAACACCAACCACGAGCCCUCCGAGAUGAGCAACCGGACCAUGGUCAUCUACUUCGACCGGGUUCUAGUGAACAUCGGGAAGAACUUUGACGAGGAGAGAAGUAACUUUAUCGCGCCGCGCAAAGGGAUUUACAGUUUUAACUUCCACGUAGUGAAAGUCUACAACCGCCAAACUAUACAGGUGAGCCUGAUGCACAACGGCUGGCCGGUGAUUUCGGCCUUCGCCGGCGACCAGGACGUGACGCGCGAGGCGGCGAGCAACGGGGUUCUGAUCCAGAUGGAGAAGGGAGACCGGGCCUACCUCAAGCUGGAGAGAGGGAACCUCAUGGGAGGAUGGAAAUACUCCACCUUCUCCGGCUUCCUGGUGUUCCCCGUGUAAAGAGAGAGAGCGGGGGGGGUCGAGAAAGGGGAGGAGCAGAGGGUGCUGGUGGAAAGACGGAAAGCGUGACGGGAGAAGAGAAGAAGGGAUGUGAACGAGACGUCGGAAGAGAAGGAGAAAGAAGAGGGAACGUGACAACAGACUCUGAGAGGUGUGAGAGAGAUGAAGCAAUGGUGGAACGAGAGGAAGAGGAGGAGGCCACUACGUGGGAGUCUAUGGCGAGGAGCUUCUUCACUUCCCUUCCUCCUUUCAUCCGUCCUUUCAUCCCUCCUUUACACUCCCUGUGUAUUUCUCCGUGGCUCGACUGCAGCUUUGGACGGCCACAACUUUUUUAAUUCUCUGCUGAGAGACGCAAUUGAUUCAUUUAUGUGUUCCAGUGCCCCCCCCCCCCCCUCCUCCAAAUUCAUUCAUUCAUACAUUCAUCCGUCAACAUACGCUUUGAAGAAUGUUUCCCUUCUUUUUUAUUUUGUGUUCAUGCUCAACGUAAACCGGAUCAGCCUCCACCCUAAAGCCAAACUAGAUGUUUUAUUUUGUAUUUUACAGUAAACACUCUGUCCGCCGCCCUGUGACUGCUCCGUAGUUCUCAUAAUAAUAAUGAUUGGCUUUAAAAAACACUCUGAUCCCGAGAGAGUGUCCUUCUUGUCUGGCGUCAAAGUCUUCCGCCACAGAACUUACUAACUAACCCUCACACAACAUAUCGCCGUACCGUCCUCCAUCACGGUUUGUUUUUGUUAUUAUCUCUCUAGCAGCCGCACAUGCAUUUGAAUCGACCCCCCCCCCCCCCCCCCCAUACUGGUCUGUUUCUCCACCUUCAUCACCGCUGCUAUUUUGUUUCUUCAGAUUUCUGCCCCUCUCCACUUGACCCAUCCUCUUCCAUAGUUGUUUCCCUCUGUCCUCUCCUCUUCCUCAUCAUCUUCCUCCAUCCUCCUGGUGUCUGUACUUUAUCUGCUGCUGUCCUUGUUCGCCUCCCAGCACGGAUCCUUCCUCGCUUUUCUUUAAUGUCGGACACUGAAACCAACCAACAACCACGAACUCUAGAUAUAUAUAAAUAUAUAUGUAUAAAUAUAUAUAUAUAUAUAUAUUUACACAGUAUAUAUACACACAUGGAUAUUUAAAUAUAUAGAAAUCUAAGCCACCAUUUCUAUUCUACUGGUAUUAUGAUGAUAAUAAUGAUAAUACUGAAUCUGGUUAAUGACUACAAUAUCUGUAUUUCCGUACGUCAAUGUUCUAUAUAUAAAAAAGUUAAUAUUCUCUGAGAAACCUAUUAAGUGAUUGUGUGUGGAGAUCUGAGGCUGUUCUGCUCUUCUGAUUCAAAGAAUGCUUCUUGUUUUUGUUUUGAACCAAGUUGUGGCUAAAAAGCUGAAACUACUACUUGUAUAAAAAAAAACUACAGCUAAAAAUGAAUUUUAUUUGUUUAAUAUUAUUAUUAUUAUUCAUAAAUCAAUCAUAUCAAUUUAUCUACUGUUUUCUUAUUUAUUUGCUCUGAAGAAAUCAAUAAAAUUUAAAUGGUA